AUGCAUUCUCAACGACCAUUAUCGUAUGCACCAACCCCCUACAGCUAUACGCCGAACCCGGCUUUAUCUGCGACAAUCAAUCUCGAUGAAGAAGUGAAGCUGGCAUCGAGUUCCGCCGAACGUGACUUGUACGAAUCGCUUGCUGAAAUAUAUAGCAUUAUUGUCACCUUAGAUGGAUUGGAAAAGGCCUACAUUCGCGAUGCUAUUUCCGAGUCCGAGUAUACGGAAACAUGUGCUCGAUUACUAAAGCAAUACAAAUCUACGCUGGGUGACGACACGGUGGCACGAGAAUUUGUGGACUUGGAGACCUUUAAGCGCACAUGGCAGUUGGAAUGCCCUCGAGCUACGGAACGCUUACGAAUCGGGUUGCCAGCCACCGUCGAACAAGCAUCGCACGGCGCCCACACUCCAAGCAGUAGCAUGCCUACUAAUGCUCAUGCUGGCGCUUCUGGAAGUCUCAUUCUCGCCGCAACUGAAAACUUCAUCACUUUCUUGGAUGCCCUGAAACUAAACAUGGUCUCGAAGGACGCCCUCCAUCCGCUUUUAUCCGAGGUCAUUCAGUCGGUUAACAAGGUCACGGACCGCGAUUUCGAAUCACGGGGGAAGAUAAUACAAUGGCUGAUCACUCUUAAUCAAAUGCGCGCAACUGAGGAAUUGAGCGACGACCAGGCUCGUGAAUUAUCCUUCGACAUCGAGCAAGCGUACCAAGGCUUCAAGGCGACGCUGAACUGA